AUGUCUACCGAUCCAAAGACCUAUAAGUUCAAUCACUCGAUGAUUCGAGUCAAAGAUCCCAAGGAAUCUGUCAAAUUUUAUGAAUACUUAGGCAUGAAGAUGAUUCAAAAGAUUGAGCAACCGGAAGCUAAAUUCGACCUUUAUUUCAUGGGUUACGAUUCCCCAAAAGCUGCUUCACACGGAAAUCACUUCACCGAUCGUGAGGGAUUGAUCGAAUUGACACACAACUAUGGAACUGAAAACGAUGCCAGUUAUAAAGUUUCAAAUGGAAAUACUGAACCUCACAGAGGCUUCGGGCAUACUUGCAUAUCUGUGGACAAUCUUCAAGCGGCUUGUCAACGAAUCGAGGAUGCCGGGUACAAAUUCCAAAAGAAAUUAUCCGAUGGGCGUAUGAAGCAUAUUGCUUUUGCAUUGGAUCCAGACAAUUACUGGGUUGAGAUUAUUGGACAAAAUCCUAUUGAAAAGACCGAGGAUAUUAAGACGACAGAUGUCGAGACAUAUCGCAUGAACCACACUAUGAUUCGUAUCAAGGACCACGAAAAGUCCUUGAAGUUCUACCAAGAAGUAAUGGGCAUGGAACUUAUGCGAACAAGUGAAAACCCGAGUGCCAGUUUCAAUCUUUAUUUCCUUGGUUAUCCUGGAGUUAAGAGUACUACAACAUCUGCAAACGGAGUCAAUCCAACAGCGGACCGUGAAGGUUUGUUGGAAUUGACCUGGAAUUAUGGUACGGAAAAGGAAGAGAACUUCAAGUACCACAACGGUAAUGAUGAGCCACAAGGUUUUGGUCACAUCUGCGUGUCAGUUGAUGAUUUAGAUGCAGCAUGCAAGAGGUUUGAGGAUUCGGGAGUUAACUGGAAGAAGAGAUUGACUGAUGGUCGUAUGAAAAACGUGGCAUUCGUUCUUGAUCCUGAUAAUUACUGGAUUGAGGUUGUUCAGAAUGAGAGGUUGAAGGGAAGAGCUAAUUGGUAA